GUUUUUGUUUAGAUUUAUAGAUUUUUACCUUUUUAUUUUUUAAUGUUGUUAAUUAAUUGAUUAUCUUAAUUGAUUUAGUUGUUUAUUUCUUUUAAUUUGGUUGUAGAUCUUCUAUCUAUUGAAGUGAACCAUGCCUCCCAAAAAGGCUCCACCAGCAGCCAGUAAGAAGACGGAACAGAAAAAGAAGGAGAAAAUUGUUGAGGAUAAGACUUUUGGCCUGAAGAAUAAGAAAGGAGCUAAAACUCAAAAAUUUAUCCAACAAGUUGCUAAAUGUUACAAUGCCAAUCAAGGUAAAGACCAGCCGAAAGCAGCAAGUAAAAAGGAGGAGAAAAGGAAAGAAUUGGAAGAAUUUAAUAAACUAUUUAAACCGGUGGUAACCCAAAAGGUGGAAAAAGGUGUUGACCCUAAGUCAGUUAUUUGUGUGUUUUUCAAGCAAGGACAAUGUAGUAAAGGUGAUAAGUGUAAAUUCAGUCACAAUCUGGCUGUUGAAAAGAAAGGAGAGAAACGUAAUAUGUAUGAAGAUACUCGUGAUGAGGAUAAAAUGGAGGAUUGGGAUGAAGAUAAACUCAAAGACGUGGUGGAAAAGAAACAUGGAGAAAAGGAUAGAUCAAAACCUAAAACUGAUAUUAUUUGUAAAUUCUUCUUAGAAGCUCUUGAAUCAAGUAAAUAUGGAUGGUUCUGGGAAUGUCCUAACGGUGAUAAAUGCCAUUAUAGACAUGCUCUUCCACCAGGAUUUGUGUUAAAAAAGGACCUUAAAAAAGCAGAUAAAAAAGAUGAAAUAUCAAUUGAAGAUCUAGUUGAAAAGGAAAGAGCUAAAUUAGAUUAUAACCUUCCAAAGAUUACAUUACAAUCAUUUAUGGAAUGGAAGAAAAGAAAGAUUGCCGAUAAAAAGGAGAAAAGUCGAAAAGAAACUGAAAGAAGACGAGCUGAAUACAAAGCGGGUCGUAAUAUUGGUCUUAGUGGUCGGGAAAUGUUCACUUUCAAUCCCGAACUUGUCAAUGACGGAACUUUAGAUGAUGAUGAAGCCACUUUUGAUAAUCUUAAAAGGGAAGAUCAAGAUGAUGUUGAAAGUGGUGAUCAAAUUAAAGAAAUUGACUUUAGUGCUCUUCAAAGUGAUCUUCGUGAUGUCGACGGAAGUGGUACACAAAUUUCUGGGAAGCGACAAUUUAACACUAAAGAUGAAGAUGAAAAACAACAAACAACCGAAGCUCCUUUACCGGAAGCAACAACCUCAUCAUCAUCAACGUCUGGAGUUAAAGUUGACGACAUUCCUAUAGAUGAGAACUUAUUUGAUGACGAUGAAGAUCUGGAUGAUCUAGAAGAAGAGCUUUCUGAGUUAAAUGUUGCUGAUAAGUCUUAAUUACUAUCAAGACUGUUCUCAUCUAAAGUCAGUUAAUAUUUUUUUUUUACAUGAAAUGUUGGUGAAAAUCAAAAGACAAUUUUCAAAGUCUAAUUUGAUUCUCCCUAAUGUUUACAGAGAAAAAAAAACUCACCAAUUUCCUACUCUUCUUCAUUUACUAACUGACUACGAUCCUAAUCAAAUUGGUUUAAUUAUAAUCAACACACGCUGAUUCACUCAAAUUCAACACCAAGACAAUUCAAUCACCAGACCAAACAAGAUGAAUCAAUUUAAAUUAAAUCAGUGUGACCCAAACAAAUCAGAAGGGAAACUAAUUAAUUGAAGAAAUUAAGCCUGCAUAAGCAUACGAAAAAAAAAGAAAAAAAAAUUAAUCAAAUUACUUUUGAUUGUUGAAAUAAAUAUUUCUCAUAUUGACACAAUUGAAA